CCUAAGCUGUGCCCCUCCUGAGUGCUGAGCUCCCACGGCUGGGAAUUUGGCUGCACACCGCUCUCCGCGGGCUGCCCAAGCGCCGCUGAUCGAACAGACCAGUCAAUCGAUCGGCUGGACAGAGGCAUUUUGGAGGCAGCUGAGAGCAGAGUGGAGUUUCCAUGUUAGAGCCCCAAGAGCAGGAGCGGGCUUUACCAGAGGAUAGCAUCAUGGUGAGGAACGUUGAUGACUUCGAUUUCUCCCUCCCAUCCCACCCCCAGGCCAUCCUGGAAGGCCUGCGGAGCCUGCGCUCCAAUCCAAAGCUCUCCGACGUCACGCUGCUUGUGGGUGGGCAUGAGUUCCCCUGCCAUCGCAGCAUCCUGGCCCUCUGCAGCCACUAUUUCAAUGCCAUGUUCACUGGUGACUUUAUUGAGAGCAUCUCAGCCCACGUGGAGCUCAAAGAGGUGGAUCCUGUUGUCAUGGAGACUCUGAUCGACUUUGCUUACACAGGAAAGAUCACCAUCAACCAGGGGAACGUGGAGGCGCUAAUCCGGACCUCCAACCAGCUCCACUUCCCCACCAUCAGGAAAGUCUGCAGCCGCUACCUGAGACAGCAGAUGGAUGCAACCAACUGCCUGGGCAUCUGUGAGUUUGGGGAGAACCACGGCUGCCCAGAAGUGUCCUCAAAGGCCUGGGCUUUCCUGCAGGAGAACUUUGAGGCUGUAUCGCACCAGGAGGAGUUUCUCCAGCUAUCCAAGGAGAGGCUGGUAGUCUACUUGUCCAAUGACCUGCUGCAGGUACAGGAAGAACAGAGCCUAGCUGAGGCUGUGCUUAGGUGGGUGAGGUACGAAGAAGCAUCUAGAGCCAAGCACCUGCCAGAGCUCCUACACUUGGUCCACCUGGCUUCACUACCAGACCAGUACCUGCAGAACCUACUCUCAUUGGAGCCGCUGAUCCAGGAUUCGGAAGCUUGCAAAGCCGUCAUCUCCAGCUACCAAAGCACGGUGGAAAACGGGUCCUUUGUCCAGAAGAGCCUGCUCGCCCUUCCACAGAAGCUGGAGGAAGUGCUGGUGGUGGUCGCGGGUCGAGCUCUGGAAGAGAAUGAAGCGGAAGAUGUGGAGUUGCCAGUCUCCCGGAACUUUGCCUUUUACAAUCCCAAGACCAAAAGAUGGAUGGCUCUUCCUGACUUUCCGGACUACAAUAAAUGGGGCUUUUCUCUGGUGGCACUAAAUAAUUAUGUUUACGUAACAGGUGGCUCCAGGGGGACGCAGAAUGACACCUGGUCCACAACCCAGUCCUGGUGCUUCCGUCUCAAGGAGGGUGCAUGGAAACCCAUUGCACCAAUGUUGAAACCCCGAACAAACCAUGCCAGUGCUGUCCUCAAUGGAGAGAUCUAUGCCAUUGGGGGGACUACAGUGGACACAGUGGAGGUGGAGUGCUAUGACCCUUAUAAUAAUAGCUGGUGCCCCAUCAGCCCUGCCCUGAAGUAUGUUAGCAACUUCACUGCAACUGGAUGUCUGGGGAAGCUCUACCUCAUUGGCUCUUGUGCUAUCAAGUACAACGCACUAACCCUGCAGUGUUACAACCCCGUCAUAGAUGUGUGGAGUGUAAUUGCAUCCCCAUUCAUUCCGAAGUACCUCUCUGCCCCGCGCUGUGCCUCCUUGCAUGGAGCAAUUUACCUCAUUGGGGACAACACAAAGAAGGUGUAUGUGUAUGAUCCGGAUGCUAACAUCUGGCAGAAGGUGCAGCUGCUUCACACUCUGCAUGAAAAUGGAGGCAUGGUGCCACUGGGAGGCAAACUCUUUGUGACAGGUGGACGCUGGAAGGGCCUGGAUGGUGACUACCGGGUGGAGAUGGAAGUUUAUGAUUGUGCCAAAGAUAUUUGGACAAGAGCGGGAGCCCUGCCCUGCCUCUGGCUCUACCACAGCUCUUCCUCCAUCUUCAUGGAUACGUCGAAGUGGACAGAGCCCUUCUUGGGAAACCAUGUCCAGUAGGAGAGGCUGGGACCCUCACCCAAGGCUUUAAUGGUCCUGCCCAGGAUUUGGAAGGACAAAGUGAUGGUUUAUUUGUUUGAAUUAUCACCAUUUUUGCAUGUAUUUUUGCCUUCACAUUUCAUGUGGACCAUGAAUUAGAGCAAUGGUCACCAACUGACUGGUCGAUCCUGAAGCUUCUGACAGUUGAUCAUAAUCUCUGGCUGCUAAAAGUCUGGCAGUGCAGCAGAACUAAGGCAGACUCCCUGCCUGCCCAGACCACGGCCCCGCGCUGCUCUCGGAAGUGGCCAGCACAGCCGCUGAGGCCCUGGGGGGAGGGGGCGGGGUCUCAAUGCACUGCUCCUGCCUACAAGCACUGCCCCGCUGCUCCCAUUGGCUGGGUAUGGGGAACUGCAGCCAAUGGGAUCUGCGGGGGCAGUGCCUGCAGAGAGAGGCAGCAUGCAGAGCCAUGUGCCCGCUGCAGGGGCGUGUUGGCUGCUUCCAGGAGUGAUGUGGGUCUGGGGAAGGCAGGGAGGCUGCCUUAGCCCCGCUGCGCUGCCCUCCCGGAGCCAGUACCCUGUACCCCCUCAUGUACCCCAACAUUUGGUCCCAGCCCGGAGCCCCCUUCUGCACCCAAACUCCCUCCCAGAGCCUGCAUCCUGCACCCCCUCCUGCACCCCAACCCCAGCCCUGAGCCCCCUCCCAGAGCCAGCACCCCGUAACCCAUCCCACACUCCAGACCCCUCGGCCCCAGCCCAGAGCCUGCACCCCUUCCUGCACCCCAACUCCCUGCCCCAGCCCGGUGAAAGCG